GGGGGGAGUGAAACAAGAUGUAGGAGGAGACUGGACUCACUGCAGAAGGAAAAGGAGCCGGAGAGCAAGUCCAAAACAGCUGUCCAGCAGACGUCCCAGUCGUCAGAAGCGCAGCCCCUGGAGGUGGAUACAGAAGGCAGGACAGUGUCAACAAGCCACAGGAGCAGCACUGCAGCGUAACACACACAUAGAGACACACACUUCAUCCUGAGAAGAGGAGGCAUACCUGACAAGGACUCAGAUCUCGCCAUCCGAACAGCCGAGAAAAGUGGCCAUUGCUGAAAAUCACCAGCCCUGACUGACGAACCUCUGCCAGAUCGAUGCAGCAGCAGUUAUUUUUGAACUCCUCUAAGUGGCCUGUGUUUCUGAGAAUGUAACUGAAGCCCAUUUCCUGGGGAACCAUAACGUUCAGACCUGACGGAGCGUUUUCGGCCACCUUGUCCUACAAUCUGACUCAACCUCCAAAGAAACAGCCAUGCCUGCAAAAGCCCCCAUAUACCUGAAGCCGGCUAACAGCAAGAAGGGGAAAAAAUGUCGGCUGAGAGAUAUCUUGUCCCCUGACAUGAUCAGCCCACCACUUGGGGACUUUCGUCAUACCAUCCACAUCGGCAAAGGUGGGGAGAGAGACGCCUUUGGAGACAUGUCCUUCCUUCAGGGGAAGUAUGAGCUUCUACCUGGAAAAAAGGAUGUCCACCCUCAUUAUGGGACCCAAAAUGAGUACCUGCGAGCACACAGCACAGGUGAUGCCUCCUUUGCUGAGACCCCCUCACCAGUGCUCAAAAAUGCAAUCUCCCUUCCAACCAUCGGUGGAGGCCAGGCCCUCACUCUUCCACUGAUCUCCUCCACGGUUUUCCCCAUGACACCAGAUCCACUGGAGGACUUCAUGAGCCCGUCGUCUCCACUGAAAGCUGAAAAUCCUGAUGAGGUGGAGAUUCUGCAGAUGGACGCCCUGCUGAGGUCCAUGGAUGUCUUUGAAAGCGAGCCUUCGUCUCCUUUUACAGAGCUCCAGUCAAAACCUGACGUCCUCUUAGAUCUGCUGGAAGACACAAAAAAGUCGUCCAUGAAGGCGGUUGCUAAAGCUAACAUUUUAAACAAGAGUGAGGGCCGAUUUGACAAGCCACCGUCCUAUUACAUCAAUGGCCACACCGACAGCCUACGUAAAGCUAACGGGAGCUUGAACAGCAACACAAGCAGUGACAGCUACGACAGCUUCGAUAAUAAGGAGGACUUCCAGAAAAACAUCUGCAACCAAAACAGAAGUCUUACCAGCAAUGGCUACGGAUACUUCAGCAAUGACAUUAACCUUGGCUUUAAGGAGGAGCUCUCUAAGUGCAAUAAAGACUGGGUGGACAGGGACAGUGGUGUGGAAGAGGGCCGCAUAAGUGAUUUCGAGUUUGAGCUUUCCAAGGAGAAGAGUACCUCGCAGGAUUCCCUCUCCCAGAUCACGGGGUCGCUCCUCUCCCUUGAAUUGGAUCUGGGCCCAUCCAUCCUGGACGAUGUGCUCAACAUUAUGGAUAAACCUGCAGCAAAGAGCCGGCCUUAAGCUGCACUGUGGCGCCGUUCAAUUAAUAAGGGAAUUAUCAAAAUAUAGCCAUGUGGAGAGAAAGACUUAUGAGUAAUCAAAAUGGUGUCUGGAUAUAUCAUUGAGAUGAAAAUCAGCUACAGUAGACGAAGCUGCUUAUGUUUUUAUUGUCAAAACUUAUGACUAUUCUAGCUUCUAUGGAGUCUUUAUUUUUUUUCUUUGCUUUGUUUGCCAUCCCAGCAGCAUGUUCAUGAUGCAUGUGCUUUUUGUGUUACAGCUACAUCUCUGUUGUGCCUUUGAUUUCCAGCUACAAUAAACAUUUUACAUUGAUGUUGAUCUCUAGUCUGCAAAGACCUUGGAUUGGAUUCGUUUGAUUUUUUUUUUACUCAUCAUUAUCAGACUUGGAGAACGUAGAUCAUUCAUUUUCCAUUUAUUUAACAUUGCACUUUUUUUGUUCAUCACACAGUUCUUUGGUCUAUUUACUAUUUCACCAAACACUAUGCAUAUUUGUGUUGUUGACA